GCAUCCUCCUCGCGCCCCUCCAUCAUCAUCAUCACAUCCGUGUUUCUCACCGGAGGAAGAGUCGGUCGGAGGCUAACAUCGAGCUAACGUCACUAACGGCGGCACCGGGCGGUUCUCUCAUGUCUCUUCAUGUUCUGACGUCGUUCCGCGGAGCCGUUACCUUCACGAGCCGGCAGAGUCCGGCUCCGGGUCCGCGCUCGGUGGGGGGUCCGGUCUGCGGGGAGGAUGCAGCAGCUGGUCCCCGUUAGCCCCGUUAGCUCCUGUUUGUUAUGUAAGAGCUAACGUUAGCCUGGCAGCAUGAGUGACGCGGACCUGUCCCCAGACUUCGUCCUGAUGCGGCUCGUCUCCGCGGCCGAGUACGACCGGCUGGACGAGCCGGACGACCUGAUGUCCGGAGGCUUCGGGCCCGGGAAGUCUGUGCUGGGUCACCACGGCGGCGGCUUUGAUCUGGACCCCAGCGGCCCCUCUCCAGGCCUCGGCUCGGCCUCCCCGCACUACAGCUCGCCUCUUCCCGGGAAAGGAGAGCUGGACGGCGGACUGAUGCUGACGCAGGCCCCGCCGGGAUCCGAGGCUCCUCUGUCUCCACCGCCGCCGGAGGACUUCGCCAUAGCGGCCCAAAGGUUUGUUGACUACCCGGUGCAGGGGGGGCACGGGUCGAGGGCGCAGCUGAUGGUGUUUCAGAACCUGCUGCGGUCCGGAGACCGGAUCCUAGAGUGCGGAUUGGAGCAGCCGCCUCCAGGGUUCCUUCAGGAGGAUGCUGAGAAACAGAGACAGCAACUGGACUGUGGAUCAGGUCCUGGUCCUGGUAGCACAACAACUGGUCCUGGGCCUGGAGGCGGGAGGGACCAGAACUCACACUGCAACCCCUCUGCAGAGGAAAAUCUGCAGCCACAGCCACAGCUUCUCCAGUGGCACCCGGUCCUCAGACUAUCUAAGGGGUCUGACGGAUCACAGACCCCCCAGCAGGGCAUUCCUGCACUGGACUCAGAACCUGGGUCAGUUCUGUGCCACAGACACCGCCUGCUGACAGACCGACUGGCUAAAUGGCCCCCAGGCCUGCUGGAACAAGCCCUGCGUCUGGGCCUGCUGGAGCCCAGGAAAACUUGCUCCUCUGGGGGGGAGGACCCAGUUCUGGCUCUGGCGCGGAGGCUGGGCCAGCUGAGUGAUGGGAGGGAGGGAGGAGGAGAGGGAGGUGGGGGGUGCUCAUGUCACAGUGUGCUGACCUCGGGGACAGGAAGUGAGGACCCAAGUGAGACCAGUGAUGCCUUGCUGGUCCUUGAAGGUCUGGGAUCUGAAGAGGUGGGUGGACUGGAGGAGGAUGGGGACAGGGACAUGGGGGACACUGAGAAAGUAGACGGGAUGGGGGGUGGAGGGGGGACGCCUGGGGGGGCUGGGCCUGUGUUCUCGAGCGGGACUCUGAGCGGUUUGAUGCGGCAGGUCCACAGGCUGGCGGAGGAGGCGGGGGUCUGCACUGAUCAGUCCUGCCGGUCCUCUUUGGCGGUCCUGGGUGCUGCAGUAUCCCUAACCCCCUGUGUAGACCCCCGGCCCUCCAUCGGCACCACCACCCCACCCCACUCAUACCCUUCAGUCCGCACGCAGCCCACCCAGACUGGAGCAGGACUCAGCAGCUUCCAGGUGUCCCCUGACUCACUCCUAUCCACCCCUCCUGCCCCAAGUCCCCGUCCCACUCACCAGCACCAGUCCCGCUCUCAGCCCCAGAGCCGCGCCACUACCCCUAAACUUGGUGUGGCCUCAGGGGGCAUGGGGCGCUGCGCCUCCCCCCUGGUGGUCCUGGAGGGGGAGUUGGGAGUAGCAGGGGGGAGAGAGGGAGAGAAGACACCGCGGGGGAAGUCCAGAAAAGGAGGGUCCCUCAAGGUCCGUCUCAGUAAGCUGUUCAGGACCAAGAGCUCUAGUGGGGGGUCCGGGGGACUGCUGGACAAGAGGCCAUCCCUUGCGUCGUCCACAUCGUCGGGAGGGAGUCUGCUGGACGUGUGGGGGUCUACCUGCAGCACGGCGGAGCAGGACGGCAGCAGGCUGCAGGUCAGACCUCACAGUGCCUUCUCUCCGGUGCCCUUCACUCCUGCGUUCACCGGUGAGACGGUGUCUCUGGUUGAUGUGGAUAUCUCUCGAAGGGGGUUGAACUCGCUUCAUCCCCCAACGCCUCCUCCCCCACCCCGACGGAGCCUAAGUCUGCUCGAUGAUUUCAGCGGUCCUCCUCAGCAGCAGGGUCCCUUCAGUGAGCGCAGUGUAGGUGCGUCCAUGCAGUCUCUACCCCCCCGACCGAUGGCCCUGCCUCCCACCCUCAGCACCAUCCAACACAGCCUGAGCCUAAACGACACCUUCCUCAGAGGUUUACCCAGACCCAUCCCUCUACGCCCCGAUGGACAGCACCCCCCACCAAGACUCGUUCCCCGCUGCCCCCUCAGCCGACCGGACACAGGCAGCUUCGCCACCAGCCUCAGAGAGCUGGAGAAGUGCGGAUGGUACUGGGGUCCAAUGAACUGGGAGGAUGCAGAGAUGAAGCUGAAGGGGAAACCUGACGGGUCGUUUUUGGUCCGGGACAGUUCGGACCCGCGGUACAUCCUGAGUCUGAGCUUCAGGUCACAGGGAGUCACACACCACACACGCAUGGAGCACUACAGAGGGACAUUCAGUCUGUGGUGUCACCCAAAGUUUGAGGAUCGAUGUCAUUCUGUGGUGGAGUUCAUAGAGCGAGCCAUCAUGCACUCAAAGAACGGAAAGUUCCUCUACUUCCUGCGCUCCAGAGUCCCAGGUCUGCCCCCAACCCCGGUCCAGCUCCUGUACCCUGUCUCCAGGUUCAGCAGUGUCAAGUCUCUGCAGCAUCUGUGUCGCUUCUGCAUCCGACAGCUGGUCCGCAUCGACCACAUCCAGGAGCUGCCGCUGCCCACGCCUCUCAUCUCUUACCUGAGGAAGUUUUACUACUACGACCCCGAGGAGGAGAUCAGCCCCCCCCUGAAGGAGAGGGGAUCAGAGCCAAGCAGCCAGCCGGGGGUCCCGUCUCAAACGUAGCACUGGAGGCUCAGAGGACCAGUUAUUUUCUUUUCUCUGAUUUUUCUCCGUUUUUUUUGGGACACUCGAUCACUGAAGGAUGAUCAAACAUCCAAACUGGACUCACAGAGCUCGGCCAAUCAGCUCACUCCGCUCCGUCCUAUAUCCAGGCGGGUUUCAGAUGAUCCUCCCUCCCCCUGAGCGCUCUGAUUGGUUCCCGGCGAGUCGACAGGGGAGGGACAGGGGAUGUGGAGACUCUGCCUCUCUAAUGAUGUCAUCACUGAGCAGCUGUACUAAAUAAAACGACACAUGACAUCACUGAUAGCAAAGAUGCUAUACAUCUCUUAAAAAAACAAAACAAAAACAAAAAACCUCGGCGAGAGGAGAGAAACUUUUUGUCGCCUCUGGGAUCCUUUGACCUCCAACUCACCUGAAAAUGUAAGACAUGCUGCGAUCUACGUUGUAACAUCACACUGUAACACUGGAGGUCUUUCUCAACACAGAGUUAAGGUUGAACUUUUUACAUCCCAACAAGUCGGAUUGAGUCCAGAGGUCAGGUGGAUAAAUGACGAUGAAGUUAACGCAAAAGAUUAAAUGAGCAGGUUCUAUCUUAAAAAAAAGCACUGUCUACGAAGUCUUAUCCCGCCAAGCAAAACACAAUCAGCUCCCAAAUAUGAAUUCAACAGUUCCUCACAAAAUAGAAACAAAUCGGUACGCUUAAGGGACGGCAAAAUCUGUGAGGUGAAAAGUUAAUAUUUAUGGCAGAGCCUGAAGAACAAAGUUUUAUGACGUGGUAUAAAUAAAGACCUUUAGAGCGACACUAACAUCUUUAUGAAUCCAAAUGAUUCUUUUUUUCUAAGUUAUAUUUUGGGGCUUUUUCGCUUUUAUUGACAAGACAGCGGAAGAGAGACAGGAAAUGUGGGGGAAGACAUGCAGCAAAUGGUCGACUGGCUGGGAAUCGAACUGGUGACCUCUGCAACUAGGACUAUAGCCUCUAUACUUGAGGCGUUUAAACCGUUAGGCCACCAGGGCCCCAUCCAAAUGAUGUUUACUUUAGUUUGCAAAGUCAGAGUUUGAGUUUAAAGAGGUUUCACUUUGUUUAAAAACAGGUCAUGUUAGCCCAUAGACUGUAUGAGUAAUAGACGUAGUAUCCGUGACGUCACCCGCUGAAGCCAUAAUGGAAAUGCUGAACUAAACCGGUCUUAGUGUGAGGUAAAGAGGCGGGGUUUGAUCCUCCUAGCCAACAGCUAUGUGUUCCCGCCUGUCAGUCAAGUCAUUCAUGUCCUUAUUUGGGCAAAAACUCGUAAUCUUAAUAUCUUCUGAACCAUUGCGUUAGAACAAAAAAUUCACCCUCUGUACAGUGUGUGCCGAUAGAGAAAUUUGCUACGUAGAGUCAAGCCGGUUUUUUGAACCAGGCUGUAAACAUGUUUAUUAAUGCUGCAAAGAUCAUCUUCUUUGAAUUGGUGUGUAUGUGAUUUCUGUUACUGCAGUAAGCCUCAAGUGGACGCUCGAUAAAUUGCAGUUUAUAACACUUCCGCAUGGGCUUCUAAUUUUAGACCUGAGGUUGCCUUUUGAGUUAACCAAAAGGUUAAAGCGUACAUUGGCUACAUUCCUCGUCGCAGCUGUCUUCUGGCCACGCCCCCUUGCUGCAUGUCAUCCCCAUAGACUGUAUAAAAUAUGGACGUAGUGUCAGUGACGUCACCCAUCUGUUUCUGAAGCGCUGUUUUGAGACCAAUCGGCGGCGGCAGCCAUAUUGCUUCUGUCGAGCCAGUGUGACGUAAAGAGGCGGAGUUUGACUGUCUGAGGCAACAGCUACAGUGUUCCCACAGUCAGCUGUGCCUCUCAUUGGAAGACUCCUAAUCUCAAUAUCUUAGAAAUUGCCGCAUUAGAAAAAAUUCACCCCCCUCACAGUGAGAGGACAUCGUGAAAUGAACUAUUCAGACGACACUCAUCUUCUGUACCAGGCUGUAAACGGGUUUAUUUCUGCUGUAAAGAUCGGCUUUUUUGAAUUGGUGUGUAUGUGACUUCCGGUACUUCGGGAGCCAGCCUCAAGCGGAUCCUCGAUGAACUGCAGCUUUUAACACUUCCGUAUUGGACUCAUAUUUUUAGACCGGAGUUUGCUGCUUGGCCCUCACUCUCUACUCUCCACAUCUCUCGUCUCUCUUCAGCGGCCAAAACUUAAAAAAGGGUCGGUAGAGAUGUCUUACAUCUUACAACCAAAAACUAAUCUUUGAAUCUGCAAAGAAAACGUUUUGUUGUUGCUGAAUGUUUGAUUUCUAAAAUCAGUUUUUAAUUAUGUUUACACGUCAGAAUAUAUUUAACUAGUUUUAGGUUUUUCCGUGAACAACCUGUAGUGACUAUCCUGACCUGAUUUUAGUCACUGUCUGGGUGUGGGAGUGAGGUGUUUUUGAUGCGCUUCUAAAGGAAUCCAAUGUCCAAUCCAAGGUUAUUGUUAUUGUUGGUUAUUGUUCCAAAAGAUAAACAGGUAAAAAACUUACUUUGAUGGUGAUAGGCGUGAUGAAAUCAACUUUGUGGUCUAAGACGAGUGGUGAAAACCGUGUACUCUUUCCGUUCCCAAGAUCACUACUUCACCUGUGCCCCUUUUGUAGCAUUUACCUGCCUGUUUACCUGAAGUGCCCCUUGUGGCGAUUGCGAGUAACAAAACAAAAAACAAAAACAACAUAGGUAAAAAUGGCUCAUACACAACUGAUGAUUCAUCAGCCUGAGAAAGACCUCGUCAGUGCAAACAGCUGAUGCAAAUGUUGGGAACUCUGUUUAAUCUACUUUGAAGUCUUUUUAUGUAAAUUGUUAUUUGUUGUCAUGCCAGGGGAACACAUGGUUAAAGGUACUUUCACAUUAUUUACAGCUGAGUUUGUUACACUGGAACAGACAUGAAUGAGAUUUAUAAGAUGUUUAAUUCAGUCUAAUGUGUUUGAGGUAGACACAGCAGAGUUUUUAUAGAGACGGCGGUUCCAGUGUAAGACCUGUGGGGACUGAAGUUCAGUGUCUGCUGGAAACCUAAUCCGCCGAGUUAGUCCAACUUUGGUCCUAACUUUUGUUGAGAACAAAAGCUAAGCCAAACUUUUGCACUUUAAGAAUGCUAAUGAAGCUUGAAUUGGCAUCGAGCAAGAAUGUCAGCACUGAGAUUUUCCUGGUGUUUCAUCAGGAAUGUACAAACCAAACUCCAUUUGAAAAAACAAACAGCAUUUGAAGUUGUUUUCUUGCAGACAAACCUUACAAAUCACAAUUCAGACAGUUUACAAAUCUGCAUCAUGAUGUAGUUCUUUCAGCAUCCUGUCAACACGUUCAUCUGUUUCAUUCUGCUGCAGCAAGACUCGACUGGGACUUGCUGGAUACAGUGAAACUGAGACUCAGCGGAGAUGUGGACAGGUGCUCUGUAGCUGAUAUGAAAUGCUGUUGGUCGGUUUCCAUCAGAGAACUCCUGGUACUGAUUCAUGGAGAGAGAGAGAGGGGACAUUAACCCAGCUGUGUGCAGCUUUGGGUGUACGAUGUAUCCGACGACCAAUAAUCAGUCGAGACGAGAAUUUGUUUUGCUUUGGUCCGAACGUAACUUCACAGCUGCUGGUUCAGUCUGGGUUUGUGUCUUCUACAGAACUUGAAGCUUUGCUCUGAUAUUUCAGUUUUUAUGCUAAAAAUAUAAACUAACAAAAACACGGUCUGUGUAUUUUUGUCAGGAGUUCUUGUAAUAAGUUAAAUGAAGCAGAGCAGCCAUUUGUUUUGAAGAUAUAUUUAUUGAUUUUUAACGAUAAGUAACGAAGAGUACACAGAUCAGCCACAGAUUUACGAGUUUCACUGAUGUUUUUGUUUCUGUUUCCUUUCCUGAAGUUUUGUGACGUCGUACUAUAAAAAACACUUUACUGUCAAACCAACCCCACAAACAGAAAAAUGUCUUUGUUGGAGACAAACGCAGGAUCCCAGAGGCGACCGGCCGCACUGACUGCUGUGGCGACAUUACCAAAAAAUGAAAAACAGUAGAAGAAGAAAGCUUACGGCGAAGACUACUGAACUUUGUUUCACUGGAAAGAGCUGGUGUUUGGAUUAACUGGACUUUUACUGAUUCAGACACUGAGGGAGUUCUGUCCCGGCAGAGACUGGGAUUACUGGGAACACUGGAGCUGGGACCUGAGCGCCCUGUGGGGACACUUCCAUGAUGUCAAAACAGAGAGCGGGGGAGGGGGACAGGGCACAAAUACGUCUGAAUUCUGCACACUGAAGGACUGAUGAAGAGAAAAUGUGUGUUUGGAGGAACAAUGGAGUCGUAAUCUGUCAUUUUUGUGCAGUCACCUGUUAAUAAACAGUGUGGGCGGGG